GUGUUGUUAGAAGUUAUUAAUCACUUGGAGCCAUUCAUUCUCUGGGUAAGAACGUAGCUUUUUCUUUGGCUCACAAAAUCCAGACACAAAUUUGAAAUAUUUUAGGUUUGCAAUCGACAUAAAAUACGAAGAUGAAAUUAAUAAUUUUCCUAGCUGCUCUUGUACUUGUUCUUGGAGUUUCAUUUACAGUAUCAAAACCAUUACCAGAAGAUACAGCUGUUGCCGACGCUAACGAAAACGAUGGAAGUGGCGAAGCCGAGGAAAGUGGCGAGGCUGAAGAAAGUGGAGAAGUAGAAGAAAGUGGCGAAGCUGAAGAAAGUGGCGAAGCUGAAGAAAGUGGCGAAGCUGAAGAAAGUGGCGAAGCUGAAGAAAGUGGCGAAGCUGAAGAAAGUGGAGAAGCAGAAGAAAGUGGAGAAGCUGAAGAAAGUGGAGAAGCUGAAGAAAGUGGCGAAGCUGAAGAAAGUGGCGAAGCUGAAGAAAGUGGAGAAGCUGAAGAAAGUGGUGAAGCUGAAGAAAGUGGCGAAGCUGAAGAAAGUGGAGAAGCUGACGAAAGUGGCGAAGCUGACGAAAGUGGCGAAGCUGAAGAAAGUGGCGAAGCUGAAGAAAGUGGCGAAGCUGAAGAAAGUGGCGAAGCUGAAGAAAGUGGCGAAGCUGAAGAAAGUGGAGAAGCUGGCGAAAGUGGCGAAGCUGAAGAAAGUGGCGAAGCUGAAGAAAGUGGCGAAGCUGAAGAAAGUGGCGAAGCUGAAGAAAGUGGCGAAGCUGAAGAAAGUGGAGAAGCUGACGAAAGUGGCGAAGCUGAAGAAAGUGGCGAAGCUGAAGAAAGUGGCGAAGCUGAAGAAAGUGGCGAAGCUGAAGAAAGUGGAGAAGCUGAAGAAAGUGGAGAAGCUGAAGAAAGUGGAGAAGCUGAAGAAAGUGGCGAAGCUGAAGAAAGUGGAGAAGCUGAAGAAAGUGGCGAAGCUGAAGACGAAUAGAGAGUUUGUAUUAUCAUAUGAAUAAUGUGUAUCACAAAGAACAAAAUCCAGCAAUCUAUUUCAGAGAUAAAGUGGAAAUGAUACAGUUUAGUAAACAAAUAAUCGUACUAAGAAUCAUCUUUAGUUAACAGUUUGCAAUAAAUGGGCUAUUUCUGAUC